AAAACCUAAAGGGCAUUUAAAUGUUUCGAUUAUAAAAAAAAAAAAAGCUACAUGAAAAUGGAUUUGAGAGAGUGCACACUGUGAAUCUGUUGACUAAGGGAUCACAAUGGAAUAUGAUGAGUUAAUCAGAGGAUUUGGAAAUUUUGGGAAUUAUCAGAGGCGGUUAUACAUCGUGCUAUUUUUGCCGAUCAUAUUUAAUUCGUUUAGCUCACCUGUGACUAAUUUUCUCCUUGGACACCAGCAGCACAGAUGUAGAAUCCCUGGUUUAGACAACGACACUUAUAAAAUACAAAGUGAAAAUCACCAGCAGUUAAUCAACUUGACAAUACCAAGAAAGCUAGACGGUGACUAUGAGGAGUGCAUGGUGGUUUCUAACGGCUCUCUGGAAACGUGCAACGACUGGGUGUACGACACAUCUAUGUUCCAAAGUACAGUCAAUUCACAGUUUAACCUGGUUUGUGACAAGAAACUGAUGCGUUCCCAUGCAGUGAUGGCGUAUUUUAUUGGUACCGUUGUGUCAACUAUUGUGUUUGUUCCUCUCGGAGACAUAGUGGGCCGUCGAUACAUGGUUUGUGUAAGUACAACCCUAACCUUCAUUGCCAACAUAGCUAUGCCAUUCUCCAUCAACAUUUAUAUGUUCUCCGUAUGUCGAUUCUUUGAUGGAUUUUGUGGGAACUGUCUAUAUAUGGCUUCUUUUAUCAUAGGCAUGGAGUUUGUUGGACCAAAGAACCGUAUUUUAGCGGGCACCUGCAUACUUCUAGUGUAUUGUCUGGGCGAGUUUAUAUUGCUCUUACUGGGGUUUUUAAUCCGGGACUGGAAAUGGUUACAAUUUACGCUAGCUGUCCCUAUGGCCAUACCACUGUUAUAUUGGUGGCCUAAAGUGCUGCCAGAGUCCCCUCGCUGGCUGGUUUCUAGAAAGAGAUACAAAGAGGCCUUGAAAAUUUUGCGAAAUGUCGCCAAAGCAAACCAUGUUGAAUUCAACAAAGACCUUUCAGGCGUAAAGAUCAGAAAUGAUGAAGGGAUUCUAAAAAUUCUUAAGGAACUUCUCAAAUCUCGAAAACUGAUGUUUCGUUCCACCAUAAUGCUUUCUAACUGGUUUGUGAUCUCCUUUAUCUACUAUGGGCUUACCUUGAACAUGGGAAAACUUGCUGGGAACUUGUUCAUUAACUUUGCUAUCGGCGUGACAGUGGAAGCUAUGGGGUAUUCGUUGUGUUUUCUGAUGAAUAAAACUGGCAGAAAACCGAUGCACCUUGUAGUGAUGUUUGGUAGCGGAUUCGGAUGUUUGCUUUCCAUUUUACCAGCUCUUUUCUUCGAUUCCUCUUUGACAUGGCUUUUAGUCGCUUUUGCGAUGGUGGGCAAGUUUGGGAUAUCGGCAGCGUUUGGUGAAAUCUACAUUUACACAGGAGAGCUGUUCCCUACUGUCGUUCGAAGCUUCGUUCUUGGUUUCUGUGGAGUUGGAGCGAGGCUGGGGGCUACUAUCUCUCCUUAUAUUUACCACUUUGCUGAUGGAACAUUUGGGGAAGCACUUCCACUGAUCAUAUUUGGAGGAUCCACCAUUAUUGUAGCUGUGAUGUCAAUCAAACUGCCUGAGACAAGGGGGCGUAAACUUUUGGAGAGCGUGAAAGAUGCUCAGCAUGAGGAUGCUCUUAAAAUUGACAAAUAUGAUAACGACAAUGUUUGUUCAGAGGACACAAGCGGCUGGAGUGAAACAUCCCCGUUAUGAAGACUCAUCUCAGUUCAUAACUUUCUACAAUAGUUUAACAAGAUCUCCUUGCUCUCCAUGAUACUUUAUAUAACCAAGAUUAUACAAUGAAAGUACAACUUGGACCUUUUUAAUAUGCCUGUGUUUGUCUUUCAUACAAAUUGAUAGGCUAGAUCAUUUUCGUACUGAACUGAUGACUGAUUUCUACGUUUACCCGAUCAUGACAAAGAGCACAAGGCAGGUGUGACCGGUCGACAUGCUCUGAUGUUCUUAUAAGUCCGAGUUUGCUCUGCUCACAGUUUGUUUUGUUAAAAUGAACUUUUGAGCAUGAUUA